AUGAUAUCACUACCGAAGUUGAUAGCAAUUGAGGCUAAGGCGUUGUUAGUGAGGUUGCUUAGAGUUUUACAGAAGGUGGCAUCCAUUGAGAUGAGGAUUUUUCAUGGUCAAUAUGUUAGGCUACAGUGGCUACGGGAUACAUUUAGACAUGUUACCAAUAGUGCUUCUGAUGGAGAUAUAGAGGCUGGGAGGCAGGUUGUCAACAUCCAAUCCUUCAUGGUGAGGGUUGAUUCACGAAAACAUAUUGACUUCUCUGUAACAAGUUCAUUUCGAGGUGGCCGUCCUGGAAGAGUGAAGAGAAAGAACCAGAGAGCAACUUUCAUGAAGGCUGCUGGUGGAGAUGGUGAUGAAAAGGAAGACGAGCAAACCUAA